AUUUCGACACCGCCACGAUCGCACGUGUCAAACCAAUCUUAUUUCAAAUUUUUCAAACAUCGAACGUCUGACUUUUACCGCGUUUUUAUUGGCAGUUACAAUGAUUAAUAGUGAUGUUUAUGAAUCGUUGAGUAUCGAUACGUAUAGUCUCGUUUGCGCGUAAUAUUAUCGCAAAUUGUGCGUGAAGGAAAUAUGAAUUGAUUGUUGUCGUGUAAACUAAUGACUAUGACGCGUGUUAGCUGUUGUGUUUUAAUUGUAGUUUUAUUGGCGAUUUUUAUGGACAUUUGUGAUGGGUACAGCCCUAGAGAAUGUGGUGUUCCACUGCGGCGACACACGCGUCAGCCACGAGACCGUACUCCAGGACAGUUACGCAUCAUCAAGGGUCGGGAGUCUAAGAGAGGAGCUUGGCCUUGGCAGGUAUCAUUACAACUGCUGCACCCAAACUACGGUUUGAUCGGUCACUGGUGCGGCGGCGUGCUGGUGCAUCCUAUGUGGCUGCUCACCACGGCUCACUGCAUUCAUAAUGAGCUCUUCAACCUACCAGUGCCAGCUCUCUGGACAGCCGUGCUGGGCGAGUGGGACCGGGCCGAACAGAAGGGCGCCUACGUGCCUAUCGAGAAGAUCGUGCUGCAUCACCGGUUCCAUAACUACCAGCAUGAUAUUGCCUUAAUGAAGUUAACCAGAGCAGCAGACGUCAGCACUGGCAGUAGAAUCCGCACAAUCUGCCUCCCUCCCUUCGAGCCACCAGUCGACGCCUUCGAGGCAGACAAGGGCUCAUCAUUCUACCUCCGACCAGAAUCGAACACGGAACCACCACGACGAAAACCAAAGCCACCCAAACCAAAACCAGAUACAGCCGUUAAAUAUCUCGAAAAGCUGAACAAUUUAACGAAGAACAUGUUCUCAGGGAUAAUCAAUAAGAAACAUAAGAAUAUGAGAUAUAAUGUCAGAGUCUCUAAUGAGCCAAAUAGACAGGUUGACAGAAAAAGUGGUGAAGAAUUAAGAAAAUCUGACAGUGAGAGAGGUCACAGUGAUUUAAUAUACGACAGUGCUACUUUAGACAGUGUAGUGAAACUAAUUAGGAACAGUCUUCUAAAAGAUGAUUACAAAGUGAAUAUAAAUAGGAGUGAUAAAAAGCUUAUGUUCGGUGAAGAAAUUGAUCCUUUUAUUGAUGAUAAUAAUCGAUUGGAUUUCAAAGAUGAGUGUUACACUACUGGUUGGGGCAGAGAACAGACGAAUGGGACUCUAACUGAUGUAUUGUUGGAAGCUGAAGUGCCUGUGUUACCACUGAACGUGUGUAGAGAUAGAUAUGCUCUGACCCUGCCCUUGAAUGAAGGUCAUUUGUGUGCGGGGAGCACGGAUGGAAGUACGGGAGCUUGUGUGGGUGACAGUGGGGGUCCACUCCAGUGCCGGUCAGGGGGUCGCUGGGAGCUGCGAGGCCUGACCUCGUUCGGGUCCGGCUGCGCGCGGCGCGGCGUGCCUGAUGUCUACACAAACGUGGCGCAUUACGUGUCCUGGAUCUAUGCUCAUGUGUAUGCUAGCUAGUGUAUGUGACAGUCGGGGUCCUCUCCAGUGUCAUUCAGGGGGUCGCUGGGAGCUGCGAGGCCUGACCUCGUUCGGGUCCGGCUGCGCGCGGCGCGGCGUCCCUGACGUCUACACAAACGUGGCGCAUUACGUGUCCUGGAUCUAUGCUCAUGUGUAUGCGAGCUAGUACAGUGUGCUCUUGAGUUGGGGGACAAUUUGUGAAGAGUGUUGGACAGUUGUUCGUUUAUAUAUGUCAGUGCUGAAUAGUAGCUAAUAAUAGGGCAGAAAGUCACCAACAAUUUUAGCGCUAACCAUGUUUUCUGGUGACAGAAAGCUACAAGGAUAUGUAAAAUAAGGAGAUAAAAAGAAGAAGGACAAAAUCUUUUCUCUGAAAUACCCAACCAAUCUAUGCCGUAAAGACUGUUACAAAAGAUUGAUUUCUGUUUGUGAUUAUAUGCGCUAUUCUCAGACGCGAGAGCUAAUUGAUGUAUAUGACAUGUCAUUAGAUUAUCGCAGAAGGAAUUUAGCUAAUGUUGCUGUUGUAAUCAGAAUUUCCUAUGAACUUAUCACUAUGUAAUUUGUUAAGUUGUAUACAUAAAGGGAAGAAUAAUCGUUUGGAGAUGAUGGGAAUGUAUGUAGAUAGAGCAGUAACAUGGCAAAUAAAAUGUUUUAUUGUUUUAUAA